GUCAUUUCCUGUUGUUGAUAAGAACUGCUAAAUUGUGAAAGCGAAGCAGAGAAACAGCCCAGCAAUCAGUUACCCUCUGCAUCUCAUGGAGCUGGUGUUUGUCGGGUUUGCCUUGCUCAUCACUGCAAGGUCUUUACAUGGAGUAAAAAUUAGUCAAAAUCCAACUGCACUUUUAAAGAAAGCUGGUGAAUCAGUGGAAAUUAAAUGUCAGCAUGAUGACUCCACCCAUUACUACAUGUACUGGUACAGGCAGAGAAGUUUGGGUGAAAUGGACCUGAUCACUAUGUCUUUAGGGAAAGAUAUUUCUCAAACAGUUGAACCAUUUAACAAUAGUAAAUACUCUAUGAUCCGUACUGAGGUUAUGCACACAUCCCUGCAGCUAAAGAAACUAGAAGUGGAUGAUUCAGCUGUGUACUUCUGUGCAUCCAGUAGCACAGUGUACAACAGUAUUAAAAUCACAGAGCCAAAGAGAGUCAGCCUGCUAAAUGUUUCAGAGAAUGAAGUGUGUACAAAGACAAACGUCACACUGGUUUGUGUGGCUGAAGGAUUUUAUCCUGACCAUGUGUCUGUGUCCUGGUCUGUUGAUGGAGAAAAACGUGAAACUGAUGUGAGCACAGACGAAGCUGCCAUCCAAAAUGUUACAACAAAUUUCUACAGCAUCUCCAGCAGACUGAACAUCAAUUACAAAGAUGAGUGGACUAAAGGCAAAGAGUUCACCUGUACUGUCAGUUUCUUCAAUGGGACAGUCUACACAGAACACAGUGACUCCUAUAGAUCACCAAAAAAAAAAUAUAUUCAAUCAGCGAAUGUAACUAUGCUGGCCUACGGCAUGUUCAUUGGCAAGAGCAUUGCGUACGGCUUAUUCAUCCUGUACGUCAUCAAGAGACAGUGUGACAGCUUUGCUGAUUUGAAAUUUGGACCGGGGACGAGACUAACAGUUCUAGAGCCCAACAUGACCAUCACCCCUCCAACUGUAACCUUGAUGCCACCUUCUCCAAAAGAACUCUGCAAAGCCCAGGGAAGAAAAGGCAAAGUAACUUUGGUCUGCUUAGCCACACAUUUUUAUCCCGAUCAUGUUAGCAUUAUUUGGCAAGUUAAUGAAAAAGAGAGAAAUAAUGGUGUUGCAACCGACCAUGUAGCACAACAAAAUAUAAACACAAGUUUCUACAGUAUGUCCAGCAGAUUGCAUGUCAAUCAUACUGAGUGGACCAACGUCAAAAACAAAUUCACUUGCAUCAUUUCUUUCUACAAUGGAAGUGAAAAUGAGGAGAUUCAAACCAACAUCGCAUAUUCACCAGGCAAAAUACCAGUGAGGGUGUAUCUCAUGGUGCAAUUUGGCUACAUGAUUUUUAUUAGCAAAAGUCUGCUGUAUGCUGUUUUUGUCAGCAUUUUGGUGUGGAUGUGCAAGCCUUCAAAAGAGAAGACAGUGAUGACAGAAAACGGAGACAUCGUGAACUAAGUAAUAUUCAGCGAAUUUGCCUAUAUAUAAAACUACCAAACGGUCAUAAACUAAUGUACAUAUUUGCAUUAUGCAGCUUUAAAAGAUUUGAUUUUAGAGCAUUAGUGAUAAGUCUGCUAAUUAUAGGUAUGCUAAUACAUCAUUUGUGGCUAUACAACUAUACUAUGUAGUCUUUCAUUGUUUGCUGUACAUUUCUUACCUUGCAAUAUAAUUUUCCCUUUACGUCGCUUAGCAGAUUAUUUGCUAUAGAAGAAACCAUGAACGGAAGUACUGUAAUUAACCGUUAUAUUUGAUCUUUUCUCAAGUCUGUCGUGUUGAACACAUUAUGUAAUGCUUGCAGUUGAUAACUGGCUUAAAAAGUAAAAGUUCAGAACUCAGGCAAAAAUACAUAGUUUUUCUUAGUUAAUCAUUGUUAGGAACUGUAGUAUCAUUUUUGCAAAUUUAUUUAGAAUUAGUUUUAGCCAUUGAUUCAGUAAACAGCAGUAACUGUUAGUUAACAUUUAAAAAAAACAUUGAUUAAUACACGUGUUAUCUUACUUUGUUACUUGUAUAACCAUUAUAAUUUGUUGAUAUUAUCUCAUGCAAUAAGUAACGUCAGGGAAAGUAAGUCAACCUUAGUGUACAUAUGUUCCUUACUUUCAAGAGAACAAUAAAGUAACUAAAACUGCUCUCUGCCCACAUUUUCUUUCUUCUGUUGUGCUGCUCACAUAUACUGUAAAUGAGUUUUUAUGAAAAAAUUGUUGCACAGCAUAAUGGCUUCUCAGAAACAGCAUUUCUUUUAAACUCUGUAUUUCUCCAUUGGAAAGUCUGCAGAUUUGAAACCGUGGAGGUGUGUUCCAUGGGUCAUAUCUGAAUUUUCCAGUUCAGCAUGAAGAUUAUUAAUGCUGCUUGACUGUACAUAUUCAACACGGUUGAAUGACUAAUGGAACUGUAUAAUUCCAGCUAUAUUAAAACACAUCAAAACAA